AGACGACGUUUCGGGCUGGAAUCUUUCUCCAGACUAUGUUCAUCUUGGCAAGCCUGCCCCCUCUCCCAACCCCUCGGCUUCUGGGCCACGGCAUUGAGCUGGGAACUGGCCACCGAGCUCCUUCUGAGGGAGGGAGUGACACCUCGGCGGCCCCGCUCACCGUCCCGCGUCUCCAGGCGGAACGUUUCACUCCGGCUGCAGUAAACCGACGGGACCAGAAGUUGCCUGCACCAAGAUGGCGGCGCCCAGCGGUUGAUGGAGCGGGGCUUUCUGCACCCGGCAUGUGGAAUGCGAGGGCCGGCCGGGCCUGGACCUGGGCCGCAGCCCCAGGCUUUCCUCGCGUUAGAUGGACAGUGAAGCGCUUGCUCUCCGUGAGCAGCUCGGUCGAUGGGCGGCGGAUCCGGGCCGCGCCGCCAUGGAGGAUUCUCUUCUUCGGAACCGAUGCGUUUGCGCAACGGACGCUGCAGAAACUGCACGGGUGCAGAUCCUUGGAUGACGGAAAGCUGCUCAUAGAGCAGCUGGAGGUUGUUACUUUGCCAACCACUAAAUCUGACAAGCUCCCUGUUCGAAAAUACGCUAAGCUGAAUCAAAUUUCAAUUCACAAUUGGCCUUGCCUCACAGAGUGCAAUCAAUUUGAUGUUGGAAUUAUUGUAUCGUUUGGUGCGCUGCUCAGUGAUGCCCUCAUUCAGCAAUUCCCAUAUGGAAUAUUGAACCUCCAUCCCAGUCUGCUUCCAAGGUGGAGAGGUCCUGCUCCAAUUUUUCACACACUGAUCCAUGGUGAUCGAAUGGCUGGUGUCACCAUCAUGCAGAUUCGACCAAAAAGGUUUGACGUUGGCCCUAUUCUAAUGCAGCAGGAGUGUCCUGUUCCUCCACGAUGCACGUCUGGUGAACUAGGAGUGAUACUGGCUGAAAAAGGUGCUGAAAUGCUCUUGUCAGUAUUGAAAAGUCUGCCAGAACAUAUAGAGAAUAAACGGGAACAAAGCAAAGAUGGAAUCACAUUUGCUCCCAAAAUCACUGUUGCUGACAGUUGGGUGAAUUGGGAGGAACAAACAGUGGAGGAGCUUGAUCGGUUAUACCGGGCAAUUGGGUCGAGGGUAUUGUUGCGGACACUGUGGAUGGGCAAGACCGUGAAGCUGAUGGAUUUAGUGAAUUUCGAAGAAAUUCCUGACUUCCAGGCAGCCACACAGGAACAGUUAAUCCCUGGAACUGCCCACUUCCAUAAGGAAUCGAACAUUCUUUUGAUACGCUGCAAGAAUGGCUGGACUGGCUUCAAGCGAGUGGUAUUGAAGAAGCUGCUCUCGGCUGCAGAUUUUUAUAAUGGAUACCUCCAUCCAUACUAUCAAAGGAGCCCAGCUCAUCAAAAUGUAGCCCAGUUUCAAACAUACACGCCUAAAACAAGGAUCAAUAAAAUGUCAAAAUAAACUGGAUUGUGACUUGAUCAUAAAGAUGUAAGUGAUUCUGUAAUUAAAGUUCAAUUAUUUUCACAUUA